ACUAUAUACUGACGUUCACUACGCGUCUCGUGCCCACAACUGAAUCCAGUUUAAUAUUUAAAUAAUUUCACAUCAACGUUCCUCCCACAUACAUAUGAACCAAACUGGUCGAAAAUGCACUUUAAAAUUCUCAACGCGUCUUUUUUAAGUAAAAGGAAUCCACUUGAACACUCGGGUACAAAUAAAUCUUGCUCAUAUUAUUGAGUUGAAGGUUCAAAAGAAAGGUUGAAAUUUAUUCGUGUUGAGACCUUUUCACGGUGAUAUUUCAAAUCGAAGGUCAUAGUGCGUUGCUUUCGAUGUCACGUCUAUUUACCAUCUUUCCCGUAUUGAUAUCUUGUGUGCGCCAUAGCAGAAGACCUCGAUUUAUUCGUCCAUAUCUGAAAGACUUAUACGGUAGAAGACUUGCUCAAGGUCCAGAGAUUUAUCGACCCAGGAAAGAUUGGUUAUGCUGGAAUCGUGACUCGGAAUUAUGUGCGUUUUUGUCGAGAAUUGGUGAGAAUUUAGAGAAAGACCUUAUUGAGGUCGUUCUGACAGAUCGAUCAUAUUCCUCAUUUUGGUCUGUAAAAACGGCCGAUUCAGACAGAAAAAUAAUGCAAGACAACUCGGAACUCGCUGCUCUAGGAUUUUCUGUUUCGGAAAAUUUUUUAUAUGUCUUCUUGCGAUCAGUGUAUCCUCGAUUCCCUGAAGAGUGGAUUAUGACUAUCGUUCAGUAUUUGAAGUCACCUUCUGAGCUUGCUUUUAUAGCCGCUCAUUUAGGAAUUAAAGAUAUAGUAUUGUACAGUGAUCAAGUAGACUAUUCAAGCAAUAAAAUUAUAUCAGCUCCACCGAAUCUGGAUGUUUUAACUCACGCACUUAUGGCUUUAGUCGGUGCUUUAGCAAAAGAUAAGAUGGAGAAAGCACAUUUGUUUAUUCGGGAUUUCAUACUAGCAAGACUUCCUGAUAUAGAUUUAACUGAACUGAUUUCAAUUCCUAAUCCAUUACCCCUUCUACAGGGUAUACUUCAAUCUGAAGGGCGUGGCCCACCUGAAACCAGAUUAAUUUAUCAGUCAAGUAUGAAUACUGUGCUAGCCUGUUUUGAAGUUGGUAUAUAUAGUGAUUGUCAACUCAUUGGAGAAGGAUGUUAAGAUUUUUAUGAUAGAUUUAUGUAACAUAAAUGAUGUGCAACUGAAUAUCUGUUCUACAUUUAUACUGGUAAAUGGUUGUUCAAGAUAUAACUCAUACUGUAAUAGCCAACAAAACAUCAGGAAUUCGGCCUGUACUUAUUUUUUGGGAUUGAGUUUUCGUAAGACUGUGGGAAAGUCAUGAAUCGGCUGUUAAUCUAUACUCAUGGAAACCGCAGCAUGUCCAUUCACCGAUUUAUUUGUUGAGUUACUUAUGUGGCUACAACUAAAGAAAGUAUAUUUAGACCUGGUUAUCAGUUCUCGUAAAAGUCAGGUUAGCACUAAAUCAUGGCAGAGCAUACGCCUUGACAAUUCGAACGGAUAACCAAGUUAGACAACGAGAUUUACAAAAAUGUUGGUAGUUAUCUACCAUUACUGUCAUAAGAUUUGCGGUUAAUUACAAACUAGGCACUAUUCUAGAUAUACAAGAAGUUUUAGGCAACAAAUUCGAUGACAGCUUGUGUACCUACAUUUAAUUAGAUGCGGUACACAUGAUGUUAAUGGUAUUAAUGCUGGUUAGGGAAGAUAUCAGAGGUUAAACCAAGUUGUUGUAAUGUUAAUUUUAGAAACUUUACCGAUAUUUUGUGAGCUCUUAAUAAAUGCACAUUGUUCAAGGGUAGCGAGGAAGUAGUAAAGUAAUGAAUUAAUAGUUAAGAAUCAUUGAUUGUUUAAUCAAUAGGUCCCAGAUAUGAGCCCUGUUCUGUUUCUUCAAAUUUCGGCAACUGAAAUUGUACCGUCACUAGUUCUAACGAACAGGUUGCCUCAAAGACGUUUUUACAUCACGAAUGACCUAUACUGACCACAUAAUUGUGGGUGAGCAACACCUGAAUAUAUAUUGCUAAAAUCAAUUAUAAAUUUUAUGGUUUAUGAUUUGUUCGUAUUCUGUAACUUGAGAUGAAUAACAAUCGAUUCGGUUACUUUUUAUACGUAUGUAGUGUUAUUAGCAUAUUGUUAAGAUUGAUGUUUGUGAUGAUUAUGAAAAGUAGCCCAUGAAAUUUAUUAUCAAUUAAACCCAGUGGAUUUUUAAAAAUUUCAUUUUUAUGUACACAACUAGAGAAAAGCAGAUACUUUGAAUUUCUAAAUUAGUAACAAGUUUAUACCUCGGCCUGUUUUAUAAUAAUUUGUCUAUUUUUAUUUCAAUCACUUAAGCUCCUGGUGAAACGAUAUUAAUUGCAGAAGAGGAAGCAUUACGACAAUCAGUAAGGAAUUUCUUCAAACUAACGGAUAAUCGUCCAUCUAUUCCAUUACAUGGAAACUUAGACUUUUUGGACUUUCAAAAGUUUUCUGAACCAAAUAUUUCGCUUAAUUACUAUUUAGAAUUAGCAGUUGAUCAUGUUUAACCAGGCAAAAAAAUCCCCUUCGAGGAUUGUAUACUUGUAAAUAUAUAAUAAUUCUUUUUGUAAUGAAUGCAUCAAUAUACUGCUUAUUAAUCUGAA